AUGGCUCAGUCGGGAGACCAGGUCGUCGACCAGAUCGCGCAGCUAAAUGCUGCCCGUAAUCUCGUCCUAGGAGACGCCGCCUUCUACCCUCAGAUCGUGAACGGAGUCCUCCCUAUAAUCGGUGCACACGCGCGAGUGGAACUGCGACGAUGGGGAUCCGAGUUUUUGGCUGAGACCUUCGCCAGCCCUGCGUUUGCUACGACCCAGAAGGAACAGUUGGCUAUAAAUGUGUUGCAGACGGUGCGGAACAUACUGGAAUUACCGGAAGGGGAUCAAUUGGUCUUGCAGAACAUAGCGCAAACUGCUGCCAGUCUGUAUCCGCUGGUUUUUAGGCAUAUCAUCAACCAUCCGGAGGAUAAGCAAUCCUGGGAGCAUAUCGAAGCGAUCAAGCAGGAUAUCUUGCGGAGGUGGGAUUCGUUUCCGUGCCCCGUCAAAGUAUGUUGUAUAAAGUUCGCCCAACGUGUCGUUUUAGCACAAACGCAUGGCCCGAUAGCGGACCCCAGGCGACCUGAUAAAAACGAGACUUCUUUAGCCAUCCUUCCCCGCAACCAUGCCAUUCUCUCUCUACCCAAUCUGGAAGCAGAGUCCUCCGGGUUAUUGGACAGGAUCUUAUCCGUCUUCCACGAGGAUGCGAGUGACCCGAUCCUUGUGAAUGCAACUUUGAACUGCCUCGCAACCCUCGUUCGAACGCGACAGUCCGUUGGUAACAAGAUCAUUAACGCAAUUCUCAACUUCUUCCCUGCGCGGCAUGCGCGCUCGCCAGUGACGCCUGCAGUACGAAUUGGUGUCAAAUCAAUGGAAAGGACGGCUCGAGCUGUAUUCAUAAAUAUCAUGAAGAGAAAUCCGAGCCAUCCUCUUGCGGGCAAGAUGCAGCAACAUAUUGAACGACUGAUGCAGUCUCGUAUAGGGCAUGUUGACGAUACGUCACGAAAGCGAGGACUACCGACCGAGCCAACUGAUGGGUUGGAUGCUGCAAAGCGGGCGAGGCUCGAUGCUGAGACGCCUCCAAUCAUCAAAGUGCCACCUCUUCCAUCAGGCCGGAUAAGCUUCGCCCAGCUAUUUACUCUGACUGAGGACUCUGGACUCUCUUCUUUCGAUGUGAAACAGUUACCCCCCGACCUCGUAGUCAAGAUUGCCGUGCCUUUACUAGCUCGUGUGGACCAGUCGCUUUUGAGCCAAGCUGUUGAUGCUAUUCGGAUGCGUUACGAAACAGUCCAGAAACAGCAAAUGGCCCAACCGCAGCCAGCCGCUGAAGAAGAGGAUGAUGACUAUGAGCCGGAAUACCAACCUAUGGACGUUCCGGGAUCGGCGGCAAACGAAGCGGGUGCGGUAUCAGCUGCUUUACAGGAGGAACAGCCCGAUCUCGUGUCUUUGGGACCAUUUGUUCUGCCACGGCCCCCUCCUUUGAGUGAGGAACAAGCUGCAGAAGCCGGUCGAGGGGCCGUGGCCAGAGUCUUUGGCAUGUUAGGGUCAACGACCCUGGCCCCAAAUCUUGUAAAAGGUCAGGGACAACUAGGGUUUUCCAGACUGGCGGGUAGUACAUUCGACCGUGACGCUUGGGUAACAUUGCUCACCCGGCUUGCGACUCGGGCUCCAGCUGGGUUAGAGGGGCCGAAACUGGAAGCAGAUUAUGCGGGCAGGAGAAAGCCCACGAUCUCAGAUACGAUACGGGAAUCCCUCUACCGCUAUAUACUUGAAGACUUCCGAGGGCGAGUAAAUGUCGGCAUUAUGUGGCUGAACGAAGAGUGGUACAACGAUCGCCUUCAAAUGAAGGUUGCUUCCUCCAACCGAGCCGAGGAUGACGAAGAGGUUUCGGUGCCUCUACAUUACGACCAUUGGGUCUUACGGCUGCUGGACGGCUUUUUGCCGUACCUAGACUCUCGCGAUACCAAGAUCUUCAUUCGGUUCCUGAGCGAAAUCCCCGAAGUGACGAUUUCCAUCGCCAAGCGCAUAACGAGUCUUGCGAAGGACCCGGAGAGAGUGAACCUCUGCGUUCAAUCAUUUAUGUAUUUAGUAAUGUUCCGCCCUCCAGCGCGAGAAAUUUGUCUGAAUGCUUUAGAGGAAGUAUAUCUGACCUACGAGGAGUCUCGUCCUUCCGCCGGCAAGGUCCUCUCUCGGUGGCGGCCGCAAAGAGUUGAGCAGCUCCAAGCCGAACAAACAACCCUAGUGACCCGCACUGUUGACUCGCAGACACCAAGCAGCACAGUUACAAACGGUUCCAGAGACCCCAGAACUGCGCACGCAGCAGCUUACUGA